CCCGACACCUGCACUUCCGGGUGCAGGCCGGGGCCAGGCUCCUCCCCGGCACGGCCGCGCCCCAAGCUCCCUCCGGGUCCGGUCCCGAGGCUGCCCGGGCCGUUUCCGGAGCCGCCCGCCCGCCCCGGGUCUGCGCGCUCCACUUCCGCCGGCCAGGGCUGGGGCGCCGGCCGCCCGAGCCCGGGCCAGAGCGGGAGGCUGCGGGGCUGCGGCCCCACGCGGCGCCAGCCAAGUUUUGGGGAAGUGCCACCUGAAUGCUUCAGUGCCUUCUUGAACCCGGGCAGAUUCUGUUCCCCAAAAGUCUUCUCCUGGAGACCUGGGCUGAAAGAACCUUGACCGUCAGGAAGCUCUCUGACAUUAUGGUGGGAAGAGAACAUGUCAGGUUGCACGCUAACUCUUCACGACUUUUUUGACCCCAAGCCCAUCUAAGAUGGAAGCUUAGGAAGAGUAAGUAGCUUGCCCAAGGCCACGGUUAAGAAGAGGGAAGAAUCCAGCAAUCUGACUGCGGAGGCUGAGUGCUCAGCGCUGUGUGCCAUCACCUGCCUGAGCUCACAGUUGACUGGGUUAUCCAGGGAAAGGCCAACUUAGAGGAGAACUCUUCCAAGCAUUUACAUGGGAAGUCCCUAUCAAGAGCUGCCUGCCAGCUGCCCUUCUCCAGACCCAGAAUGUGCUCCUGCUCAGGGCUUGUUGAGCUCAUACCCUGAUGACUGCUCCAUGAGGUCAAGACUGCAGCUCCUCUUGCCUCCUGCGUCGCCAAUGCCUGGUUUCAUGGGGUGUGUUUUGAGCCCGACACCAUGGCAUCUCCAACUUCUCCCGCAGCUCCUCGAUCCCAGACCAGACCUCUGGGCAAGAUGACUGACUGGUUCAGGCAGGCCCUGUUGAAGAAGCCCAAGAAGAUGCCCGUUUCCUCAGAAAGCUCCAAUGAUGUCUCAGAGCCGACCUCAGAGGACAGCCCUGCAGCCCCGAGCUGCAGCUCAGUCAAGUCUCCCAGCCCCCCAGCCUCCACCGUGGGCGCCAGCAGCAGCGGCCGCUGGAGCAGAGACUAUGACGUCUGCGUGUGCCACAGCGAGGAGGACCUGGCGGCCGCCCAGGAGCUGGUCUCUUACUUGGAGGGCGGCGCCGCCCGCUUGCGCUGCUUCCUGCAGCUCCGCGAUGCGGCCCCAGGGGGCGCCAUCGUGUCGGAGCUGUGCCAGGCCCUGAGCAAUAGCCACUGUCGCGUGCUGCUCAUCACCCCAGGCUUCCUCAAGGACCCGUGGUGCAGAUACCAGAUGCUGCAGGCUCUGAGCGAGGCCCCGGGCUCGGAUGGCCGCACCAUCCCCCUGCUGUCGGGCCUGAGCAGAGCCGCCUACCCCGCUGAGCUCCGCUUCAUGUACUUCGUGGACGGCAGGGGCCCCGAGGGCGGCUUUCGCCAAGUCCAGGAAGCUGUUGUGCGCUGUAAGCUGCGGGAGGAAGGAAGGCCGGGGGUUCAGCCGCAGCUUCUCGCCUGUUUUGGCUUUUGGGUGCCAGCCAUGGUUAAAAGUGCAGGCUCUAGAAAAGACCAUCUGGAUCUGCAGACACUCAGCUGACACUCAGCUGACACUUCACCAUGGGACCCAGAAAGUUGGAGCAAAGUUGGAAAUCGAGUUAGAGAGCCCAGCCACGGCCUCCGGUUCUGGCAGAAGAUGUGACGAGAGGCACAAGGAACCAGGGUCUGCAGCCUGUCGUAUGUGACCCUGGGGUUGGAUUGCCCGUCAGUCUUCCAUUUCUGUGGGCUCCCCAGGAAGGCCAUGGGGAAGUUGGGGACUCCCCAGGAAGACCAUAGAGAAGCCAGGGACUCCCCCAUGAGGGCCAUGAGAGAGCUGGGGCUUCCCCAGGAAGGUUCUAGGGAAGCCAGAGAGUGGAGGAGGUAGGAGGUGGGGCUGGUCUCAAGAUGCUCAGCAGGUGUUUUGCCCCCGGCCUAACUGGAUGUGAAGCCUGGCACCUGCUCCGCUUACUUCCCCAGGAAUCAGGCACAGGUGUAGAGUCGCAUCCCUCCCAAAGAAAAGGUGACGAGACUGAUGAAGGAGCUGGAAGCCCAGACUUUGAGCUUCAGCACAGAGGGUCUGCCAGCUGCCUGGAAGACAAGGGCCAGGAGAAAGCAACAGGCAUCAAUUUCUUCACACUGGCAGCAAAGCUCUUCUCUUUCCCAGUGACUUUGAUUCACUUCAGAAUGCUGCAGGAAAGCUGUGAUCAGCACUGUACUGCACUGUCUGCUUAUGGCACGGGUGUCGUUGAAGACUCAGACCUAGGAGCCAUUCUGAAUGUACAGGAAAGGGGAGGGGGCACUUGGGGCAAAGAGGAGAACCAGGGCUUAGAGACUUCACCUGGCAUGAAAGGGCCACUGAUGCUUGGGCACAUCACCAGCGGUCUGGCCAGAAUCAGUGUUUGCACAGAAGCUUUGGAAUGAGAGGACUCAGCAUUUUUCUUCUGGCAGAGACCAUGAACCCUGGAGGACAGGCAAGGUUUCAUUCACUUGUUCUCAGUGUGCUGUGGGACUGAACCCUGAAACGUUCAUUUUCCCCCAAUGUAUGCUUUUGUGACUCUUCUCUCUCUUCUCCCUAUUAUGUCCCUUCCUGAAAAAAUAUUUUUAUUUAUGAAUUAUUUUAUUACAUAUGAAAGUACUAAAGAAUAAUAUAAUGUACACCCCUGUGCCUGCACUCUGGCUUAAGAAAUAAAGCCAUACAAUCCCUGUGGUGCUCCCACUGUCCCUUAUAUGCCCCUAUGCUGAAUUUUGCACUUCUCAUUCUUAGCUUUUCUCUGUAAUUUUACUACAUAUCCAUCCCAUGUUUGUGAGGUUUAUCCAUGUUGAUGUAUGUAACUCCAGUUAAGUCUCUUUCAUUCCAUAAUCUAAUAUACCACUAUUUAGUCACAUUUUCUUCUGCAAAUGGGCAUUUUGGUUAUUUCCAGUUUCUUGCCAUUAAAAACAAUGAACCUGUGAACAAGUUUGCAUGUUUCUGUGAGGUAGAAUUUUUCUAGGAUUUAGCCUGGAUCAGGAACAGCUAGGUAGUAAAGAAUAUACAUCUUCAGUUUUACCAGGAGAUGCCAGAUUUUCUUCCAAAUUGGUUGUGCCACUUUAUAUUCCUACUAUUUGUAUAUAAGAGCUCCCAUUUUUCAUGCCCUUGGCAACACUUAGAAUUAUCUGAUUUAAAAUGUUUGCUAACGUGGUGGGUGAAAACUGGUAUCCUAUUGUCAUAUGCUUUUUGUUUUUACCUUUUUAUGAAUAAUUAUAUACACCAAAAGGGGAGAGGAAAGUUUGAUGAAUUUCAUAUCCCUAUCAUCCAACUUCAACAAUUACCAAAUCUUAGCUAAUCUUAUACCAACAAUAACCCAAUCCAUUCAUUCCCUUACCCCCAGAUUAUUUUGAAGAAAUCUCAGACCUAAUUUCCCUCAUAUAUAUUUAAGUGUGUACCUCCAAAUGAUUAAAAGCUUUAAAAAUAUAUAACCACAAUAUAAUGUUGUCUUUUGAAGAAUAGUUUUAUAUUUUUAAUAUAAACAAUUUUAUCUAUUACUUUGUAGUCU